GAGAUAUUUCAGCUAUUUGUUUGCGCACGAAAAAAUAAAACAAAUUCGAAUCCGGGAAGAAAGGUAGUUGGAAAUUGGAAUCCUCGUCUGUUUGAUAGCUCUCGGAACUUCCGGCGGAUACCACCACCACCACGUCCCCACGCCGGCGUUGCAAUUCCCCCGCUCCGACGCAUCAUCAAUCAUCUCUCCGAUAAAUCCAACUCAGCCUCUCUCCCCCGUUUCGGGAAUGGAAAAGACGAUCAGAAUGCACAAGCCUUCAGCGUCUUUCGAGUACGAGCUUUUUGAUGGAGAUCCCGACCACCUGAGAACUGUUGUCGCUACACCUACCCAGAUUGUGCCAUGGAUCAAUCCAUCCGAGUUGAAGUUCAAGCACAGGAUUGGGCGAGGAACAUUUGGUGAUGUGUGGUUGGCAACGCACCAUCAGUCUUCCGAUGAUUUUGACGAGCACCAUGAAGUUGCUGUCAAGGUGCUGCACCCUCUAAAGGAAGACCUAGGGCAGAAGUUUGUGGAGAAUGUGGAAGGCCUGUUCUUGAGAAUGAGAGAACUCCAGGGGGUUUGUUGGUUGCAUGGUAUCUCAAAGAUAAAUGGCCAGAUUUGCAUUGCAAUGAAAAUCUAUGAGGAAUCGAUUGCUGACCAGAUUGCUAGAUCAAAAGGAGGCAAGCUCAAACUACCAGAUGUCGUGAGGUCACAUAUAAAAACUUCUGUAGCUUCACCAGGACCUUCAGUAUAUGGUAUCGACUUGGCAAGAGGAAUCCUACAGUUACACUCGCUUGGUUUGCUGCUACUGAAUGUCAAACCUUCUAACUGCCUUCUCGAUGAGCAUGACCAUUUGAUCAUUGGGGAUUUUGGAAUCCCUUACCUUCUUCUAGGCAUACCAUUGUUGAAUUCAGAUGUAGCCUUGAGGCUUGGAUCUCCAAGUUACAUGGCCCCAGAACAAUGGGAACCAGAAGCAAGAGGUCCCUUGUGUCUCGAGACUGAUUCUUGGGGUUUCGGAUGUAGCAUUUUGGAGAUGUUGACUGGAAUUCCACCUUGGUCCGGAAAAUCAUUGCAAGAGAUUUAUAAAUCUGUUGUUCUUAAGCAAGAGAGGCCAUCAAUACCAAAUGGGUUGCCUCCUGCUGUGGAAAAUGUUAUAUCCGGCUGUUUUGAGUAUGAUCCCCGGAACAGACCUUUAAUGGAUGACAUCCUGGCUGCAUUUGAGAGCUCGCAGGUUUCUGUUCACGCCGAUGAAGGAUGGAUUAGUCCACAGCGAAGUAGUAGAUCAUUCCAAGAAAAGUCGCCUGUUGUUGGCUAUACAACUUGGUAUCUCUCAAAAGAUUAUCUCCAAGUAGACGACAUUGUCCGUUCAAGAAAACCCCUGAAUGCACAAAAGCCGCAGACCACACCUUUGCAGAAGGGAACAGUUGUCGGAACAGCCUCCGAUAGAUCCGGACUCAUUCUGGUGAAGAUUUCCGGAGUUCACAACCCUGUGAAGAUACAGGAGUCCACCCUCGAGAGGGUUACAUAUGGUCUUUCAGCUGGCGACUGGGUUCGCCUGAAGGCCGACAACAAGUGCAACCACUCUCGUGUCGGCAUUCUUCAUUCCGUCAAACGCAAUGGACGUGCAGCAGUUGGAUUCGCAGGCCGUGAAAUCCUCUGGAUGGGAGACGCUUCUAAGCUUGAAGUGGCUCACCCUUACUAUCUGGGCCAGUUCGUACGACUGAAAGCCGACGUAUCUUCUCCUCGGUUCAGUUGGCCUCGCAAGGGAAGAACUGGUUGGGCCACUGGCCGAAUUUCACGGGUGCUUCCUAACGGAUGUCUCAUGGUAAGCUUCCCAGGACGGUUUGUGUUCAGAGAUAACAAUUCAGAAUUCUACUUGGCAGAUCCAGAACAGGUGGAGCUCGUCACCUUCGGAACAUGUCCUGGGAUUGUCGAGAAAUACCAGCAUGUCGAGGAUUUCCAUUGGGCGGUCAGACCGUUAGCUGUUGCACUGGGCGCGUUCACUGCAUUGAAGCUUGGGAUGUCUGUCGGGCGAGCUGUGAGCUGCAAACUGGGGAAGGGAUCCAAGUCGGAUGAGAACAAGAUUGGUGGAAACACGGCUUGGCUCCCGCAACCUGUUGCCAACAUAAUAAAAGAGAUGCACUCUUGACCAAACAGGUUCGCCUCCUGUUUCCUGAAUGCAAGCAAAUGGCAAAACCGUAAACAAAGCUUCUAAGUGUACAUGGUAUCGCUGUCUGUGUAAUUCCCUCUUCUCCUGUGUAGGUUUUUUGUAAUUCAAGAACGUUUCAGAUUCUUUCCUUUCUGGUGUUCCAGUUUACUGUUUCUUUUUGCAGUCUUGUUCCAAGUUAUAAAAUGAUGCAGAUAUCUGUCUGUAGCCGACGAAGCACGAAAACCUUUUAUUUUCCUUCUUCGUUCAAUAUAUUACAUCAUUAAGCUGAUACUGAAAGUCUGCAACUAUGUAUAUUCACCCAUUUCUUUCUGAAUCCUAUAGCUAUGCAGCAGGCAUUACUUGCUGCUCAAGUUUGCUGACAAAAGCUGUACAAAUUCCUCAUCAACUACAACCAAAACCUUUCAUACUGCCUGGAAGACUUCUUUCUCGUCCUUCUCUGCCGCCUUUGGAGAAGACCUCAGCACCUUGACCCGAAACAUGGUCUGUACCAGAGAAAAACUCUGAAUCUUGACCAAGAUCCAAUCCCAUAAUCAAUCACAGAGAGAGAGAGAGAGAGAGAGAGAGAGAGCAUACCUUCUUAUCAGAACCCAACUCGAUGGAAUCCGAGGGAUGGAACCGGGUUGGAAAGUUUGGAGGUAUCCUGUGCCGUCUUCCUUCGUUAUCAGUGACGAAGGUUCCAUGUUUGCUCCUGAGAUCUGACAAGUA